GACUGUCUAAAGGGUUCAGCACUGGAGUCCGUCCGAGGCCAGCUUCUUCUUCCAAAGUCGGUCCCACGAGUAAUCGCAAAACUCCGCCAGCUUUAUGGACGCCCAGAACAGUUGCUGCAAAGCCACCUUGAAAAGGUACGCAGGCUCGAGCCACCAAAAGCUGAAAAGCUAGCCAGUUUCAUACCGUUCGGCAAUGCGGUCGAGCAACUGUGCGAACACUUGGAAGCAGCGGAACUCACGCUCCACUUGGUGAAUCCGAUUCUCAUCCAAGACUUGGUCGGCAAACUUCCGGACGGGGAAAAUCGUCAAUGGGUGCAGUAUAAGCGAAAGAAGAAUCCAGUUACACUUCGAACGUUUACGGAUUUUAUUUCGAGAAUCGUGGCAGAUGCUUGUGAGGUGAAUGUCACUUUCGAGUACAAACCGGAUGCUAGGUUUGCCGCAGGUACGAGUGGAAGAAGCAAACCGAAGGAGAAGGCAGCACUCUAUAGCCACUCCGAGGUAGAGUGUUCCAGCGCUGACGGGUCCAAUCGGGCGCAGCAAAAGCCGUGCAAGGUGUGUCAUCGAACUGACCAUCGUGUGCGAUUCUGCCAAGACUUGAAGGACUUGUCGUACGGCGAUCGCAUGAAAGUAGUGACAAGAUGGAAGCUGUGCAAAGUUUGCCUCAACGAAAACGGUGGUCAGUGUCGUUUUAAGAUUCGUUGCAAUGUGGGUGACUGUAGGGAGCUGCAAAGUCCACUAGUUCAUCCAGUCACAAGCGUGGUCGGCAUGAGCGCACACAUUCUCUCGAGCAGCACGGUGCUGUUUCGGAUGGUUCCGGUGCAGGUACAUUGCGGAGGAAGAUCAGUGACAGUACUUGCCUUUCUGGAUGAGGGAGCAUCAGUUACUUUGAUCGAGAACAAACUGGCAAAUCGUUUGGGACUUGUAGGCGUGCAGGAGAAACUCACCAUCAAGUGGACGGCAGACGUCACACGUGUGGAGAAAAGCUCUAGGCGGAUGAGCGUAUGGACUUCGGCGGUUGGUGGGACAAGCCGUGACAAGUUCUUGCUUCAUUCUGUUCGUACGGUCGAGAGGAUGCUGCUGCCUCAUCAAACGUUGAAUGCCGAAGAAUUGUCGGCGAAAUACGAACACAUACGAGGCCUGGCAAUCUCAUCGUAUGAUGGCCGUCCGGAAAUAUUAAUAGGGCUUAACAAUAUCCAUUCGUUUGCCCCGAUAGCAGCGAAAGCCGGAACUACAAAUGAGCCAAUCGCAGUUCGCUGCAAGCUCGGCUGGACAAUUUACGGACCGAGACAAGCAGAUUCAGCGCUGACAGGAAGCUAUCUAGGGUAUCAUCAAGAGGUAUCCAAUGAAGCGAUUCAUGACCUUCUAAAGAGUCACUAUGCGUUAGAAGAAUCGGUGGUGAGUGUACAGCAGGAAUCGGUUGAAGACCAAAGGGCUCGUUCGAUAUUAGAGCGAACCACGAAACGCGUGGGUAAUCGUUUUGAGACCGGACUUCUCUGGAAGAUGGACGACGUGCAUUUUCCGGAUAGCUAUCCCAUGGCUCUCAAGCGGACGAAGCAGCUAGAAAGAAAGUUGGAGAAAUCACCGGAAUUGUACCAAAACAUCCGGGAUCAGAUUAAAAGGUACCUGGAGAAUGGAUAUGCUCAUCUAGCCACAGAAUCAGAGCUGGUUGGCACCGAAUGUGACAAAGUGUGGUAUCUUCCUCUCAAUAUUGUGUUGAACCCAAAAAAACCCAACAAGGUCCGAAUAGUAUGGGAUGCUGCUGCAACUGUGCAAGGAGUUUCACUAAAUUCAAUGUUGUUGAAGGGACCCGAUCUACUCGUGCCAUUGGUGUCGGUGAUCAUUGGGUUCCGCCAACGAAGGAUUGCCUUUGGUGGCGAUAUCCGUGAGAUGUAUCACCAGCUGAAAAUUAUUCCCGGGGACAAGCAAGCACAACGUUUCCUCUUCCAGGAUAACAGUAGUGAGCCACCGAAAGUGUACGUGAUGGACGUCGCCACGUUUGGGUCGACGUGCUCUCCGGCGUCGGCGCAAUACAUCAAGAACCGAAAUGCAGAAGAGCAUGCGGCACAAUAUCCGGAAGCUGCGGGGGCAAUUAUCAAUCGGCAUUAUGUCGAUGACUAUUUCGACAGUGUUGACACCGUCGAAGAAGCCGUAGAACGUGCAAAGCAGGUGAGUCACAUCCAUAAACAAGCCGGGUUUGAGAUUCGCAAUUGGGUGACGAACUCACCGCAAUUUCUGUCAGCUCUGGGAGAGGAGAAACCAAUGGAACCGGUACUCUUUAACCAAGAUAAACAGGCAUGUAGCGAGCGUGUGCUAGGAGUAUUCUGGGAUCCGGAACGGGAUGUAUUUGCGUUCAACAUAAAACACCGUGAGGAUAUAAAAGCGUACCUGUACGACGGUGAGCGACCGACGAAGCGGAUAGUAUUGAGUUGUGUGAUGGGGUUUUUCGAUCCACUGGGCUUGCUAACUCCCUUUACAAUUCAUGGUAAAGUAAUCAUUCAACACUUGUGGCGAAACGGUUGUGAAUGGGACCAACUAAUCGACGACAAGGCUUGGUUAAAGUGGAAACAGUGGACCGACUUGUUGCCGCAGGUAGAAGCCUUGCGAAUCCCGCGAUGCUAUUUAGGGGAUGCUGUAUCGACCUCGGUCGACUCGCUUGAAUUGCACAUUUUUACGGAUGCGAGCGAGCAUGCCUACGGCUGUGUUGCAUAUCUGCGUGCUAUCGUGAACGGAUCGGUACAGUGUAGCCUGGUCAUGUCCCGCGCAAAGGUGGCUCCGCUUAAGAGACAAUCGAUCCCUCGGUUGGAGUUGAUGGCUGCGGUUCUUGGGGCCAGGAUGAGUCAAACGAUUCUAUCGUCACAUAAUUUACAGAUCGCACGCACCUUUCUUUGGACCGAUUCACGAACAGUUCUUUCCUGGCUGCAUUCCGAUACGCACGGGUACAAACAGUUCGUCGCAUUCAGAGUUGGGGAGAUUCUGGACUUGACGAGAUUGGUAGACUGGUACUGGGUGCCAUCAAAGCAAAACGCUGCAGAUGUUCUCACCAAAUGGGGCCGUGGUCCACCAUUACAGAAUGAUGCGGAAUGGAAGAACGGUUCGUAUUUUCUGUAUCAAUCGCCCGAUCAGUGGCCAUGCACUGGGCGAAUAGAUGAGACGAAUGAAGAAGCACGAGGAGUCGUGCUAUGUCAUGCGGUGGUCGACGCUGCAGCUGUUUCUCGAUGGGUAAAGCUGGUUAGAGUGACUGCAACGGCAGUGCGCUUUAUUGCCAACAUUCAGCGUAAGAAAGCCGGGUUACCAACCGUUACAUCCAAGGCCACGAAGAUCCAGCACAGACACAUAAAGGCUGAGUACUUGACUGUUCAGAAGCCACUUCAGCAGGAGGAACUGAGAGAGGCCGAAACCAUUCUGUGGAAGCAGGUGCAAUUUGACAGCUUUCCGGACGAGAUGAGUGCGUUGAUGAAAAACCUGCAGCAUAAACCAGAUCUGCCACUUGCAAAAAUUGAAAAAUCUAGUUGCCUCUACAAGUUGUCGCCGGUGCUUGAUGCAGAGGGUGUGUUGAGAGUACGAGGCAGGCUGGAAAAGAACGAGUCAAUCCCGUUCGACAAAAGGUAUCCGAUAAUUCUGUCCAGGAAGCACGAAAUAACAAAAAAGUUGAUCCUGCAUUUCCACGAGAAGUACGGCCAUGCGAAUCGAGAAACCGUUUUCAACUAAUUGCGGCAGAAGUUUUGGAUACCAAAUGCUCGCGCUGCAAUACAGCAAGUGACAAAAGAAUGCGUGUGGUGCUAGGUGAAUCGCUGUGUACCUCGCAUUCCUAUGAUGGCACCACUGCCGGUUCAACGCAUCACCCCUCACUUGCGUCCCUUUAGUGCAGUGGGUGUUGAUUACCUGGGUCCUGUCGAGGUCACGGUGGGGCGUAGGAAAGAGAAGAGGUGGAUCGCUGUCUUCACGUGCAUGGCGAUAAGGGCCGUACACCUGGAGAUAGUUCACAGCUUGACUACGCAAUCUUGCUUGAUGGCUAUCCGACGAUUUGCAUGCAAGCGAGGAGCUCCGGAACAAAUUUUUUCGGACAAUGCUACCUGUUUCCAUGGGGCAGACAUAGUGAUGAAGAAAGCGAUGGAAAAGAUUAACAGUGAGUGCGCUGAAAAGGUUUCAUCGACUGCUACCGCAUGGCUCUUCAAUCCUCCUGGGACACCACAUAUGGGCGGUGUUUGGGAACGGAUGGUGCGAUCCAUCAAAGAGGCUCUGCGUGUGCUAGAUGAUGGCCAAAAGCUAACGGACGAAAUCCUUUCAACAACGUUGGCUGAAGCUGAGGAUAUCAUUAACACUCGUCCAUUGACAUAUAUCCCACAAGAAUCAGCCGAGGAAGAAGCUAUAACCCCCAACCAUUUUCUCCGUGGAACGGUGACGAGUGCGGACGUGCGAAUGGGAGACUCUGUGGGCAUCGCAGAUGCUCUACGAAAUAAUUACAAGCGGUCACAGUAUCUCGCCAACAGAUUGUGGGAACGUUGGUCGAAGGAAUAUCUACCAACUCUGAAUCAUCGACCAAAGUGGAUAGAAGAUCGAAAGCCAUUGCAAGUUGGAGAUUUAGUGUUCGUUGUUGAUGGGAAGAAUAGGAAGAACUGGGUACGAGGAAGAAUACAAGAAGUAGUCAGAGGAGCGGAUGGAAGGAUUCGUCAAGCGGAUGUAAGAACUGCGGAUGGGAAGGUGCAUAGGCGUGCGGUGGUGAAUUUGGCUAGGGUUCGUCGCGGUUGCGGUAAUUACCGCAACCGCGCGGUAUUUACCGCACCCGUACCGCAAAAACUGCGGUGCGGUGAGACACUUUUUCUCGCGGAUGCGGUGCGGGAAAUGAGCUUUUACCGCGCGGUAUUACCGCAACCGCACUUAAAAAAAUAAUUGAUAAAGUCUGCAUCAAAAAGUGAAUUAAAACUUUGACUUUUAGCAUUUAAGAACGACGCAAAUUAUUACCUUACAAUAGGGAAACAUAAUAAACAUUUAAUUGCUCUAAUUUCCAUGGACUUUACAAUGAUUUGAAAAGAAAUCCGAAUAUAAUCUAUAUUCAACCCAUCGUUACUUACAUUUUUAAUUUGGCACCAUUAUAUUUACGACAUAUUUUGAACAUUUUGAAAAAAUUACAAGCGAACCUUUUCAAAUAUAUAAAAUGCACAAUCCAAUCAUUGAAAAACAAUUGAAUUGUACUGUCAAAUUCAAUUUAAAAAAGCCUCAUUUCUCCCGAUUCCUCUUGGCAAUCGUGAGAUUAUGAAUCGUGUACGAUGGCGUUUUCUCAACUGUAAAUUUUAAUUAAUUUGGAGAACUUAAAGAUGAACUUAAAAAAGUCUUAAGACUUAAAAACAACCCAAAGAAUGAAAUUAUCAUCAUCAAAACAAACGAAUUUGGAGGAAUCAGCAGUAAGGGAGACAAAUGUUUGAAGAGUGUCCAAAAUAAGCAGGGGUCCAAAUUAGGCUGAUAACUUUAUUAUUCGUUCUUCAACAUCGUAUUUCUAUCUCUGUUGGUUUCUGUGUAAAUUCGCAAUGAAUUUUCCUGCAGUUCGUUUUUAAGACUCCUUCUACAUAACUUUUUUUCGCAUACGUCCAUUGUUCGUCCAACUGGGAAUAUUUUCUACCAAUUUAACAACUAAUAUUUUUCAGUUAGGAGUAUUUUGUAACUUUUUGAAAUUAAAGCUUUCGAAGUAAGUAUAGGGUAUUUCGAUUUUUUAGUGUUUCUCAAAGCCUCUUUGCAUAUUGCGACAAGUGUCAAAGUUAGCCCAGAUACCAAAUUUUGUACAGGACAAUUUUUGACCUCUACCAACUUCAAUUGAAGUUUUUGCAUUGGCAUUAUGGAAAAAUAUUAGAAAAACUACAUAAAAAGGUAGAUCUUUCGAACUAGCUAUUAGAAAAUUACAACUCAUACAAUUUUAAGGGUGCAAUCUUAGUAUUUUAAUAAGAAUACAUCCAUUUCUUGAAAAAUACGAAGUAAGUGUUUUAACGUAUUUUGUUCCUUAAAUCCCCUAUUGGUAUAAACAUUUCUGCUGUAUGCUGUAGAUCAUACAUAUUUUGCAGUUUUUUAAAUGUCCUUCAACAACUCUGUACCGGUUGAGAUGGGAUGGAUACCUGAUCUGAUAUUAAUUAAAAGUUUUACUAUUAAUUGCAGCUGAAAAACGUUUUUGUAUGUAUAAUGAUGAAAUACAGCUACAUUUCAUAGGACUUCAGUGCUAUGCUAAUGUUUAUCUUGUUUCGAAAGUAUUUAUGUCAAGAUGUACGGCUUUUUAUUAAUAAAACUUGCAAAGUUGACAUUUUUUAAUAAAUUUUUCAUUCUGAGGAGUCCGUCAAAGUUAAUGUUCGUGUAAAUAGGAAAUUAUAUAUAGUUAUACAAAUAAAUUAAUAUUUUUUCAACACACUUUUGAUAAAUGCAGAUUUUUACCGCAUUUACCGCAUUACCACGCGGUGCGGUGCGGUAAAUGCAGUGCGGUUGCGGUAAGCGGUGCGGUUUUAUUAUUUUUUUGCGGUUGCGGUGCGGACUAUCCAUUUACCGCCCACAUCCGCACCGCGACGAACCCUAAAUUUGGCGGUGUUGGAGAUUCAGGAUGGUAAAUCCGGGAAUUCCGGAGAAAUUUCCGGAUGUUACGGGCUGGGGUAUGUUGACACCGCUGGGCAGUCACUGUAGGCAGUCGGUAAUACCGCAGUCGGCAAGACAGCCGAACCCAUGUCAAGUGAGACCACUCGCAAAGGUGAAAUAGUGAGGAAACGCUGUCAUGUGAGGAAAGAAAAAGAAAAAAAAGUUGAAUCAAAACAAACUAAGAAAUUGUGCGUGAGGAAAAUAGUCGGAGAAUAAUCUUUUUUAUUGCGAAAAAUUAAGUUUAAGUAAAGUAAAAAUUCGAAGAUUUAGUUGUAGAGCAGUCUACUCUCUGUACUACUGUCGCGUACGUGAAUUUGGACGGCUAGCAAAUUGAUAGUGCAGCAAGAAGAGGCUCAGAGGAGAUUAAAUCUGCUGAAUAUUUUAUCGCGCCACCCGAAUAUCUGUCGUCGUUCGCUGAGUCGGACGACAAGCAAACCGAAGGAGUAGCAGGAGAGAAAAGGAGAAGGUGAAAUCAGGAAAGAUUCGACAUUGGAAGAACGAGGAUACUAUUUAAGACCUAACAGUUUCACUGGAGAGGAUGUAGUUGAGUUUCACGUUCACGGCGGAGCCGC